CCUGGCUGGCCCUCCGGCUCACGGAGGAUGGCUGUUGCCUGCUCCCAGCGUGGAAAGGCUGGGUCUGCCCUCCUGCUCGGGAGCCCCCGUUGCUGCCAUCACACUUUUCCUUCCACGUCUCGGCUCCGCAGGAAGGGUGACAGCGAGGCCCCUUCAUUCAGACAAGAGAGCGAUAAUCUGUUCCUGUGCCUGAAGAACAUCCGCACCUUCCUUAAAGUCUGCCAUGACAAGUUCGGGCUGAGGAGCAGCGAGCUGUUUGAUCCCUUUGACCUCUUUGACGUCCGAGACUUCGGGAAGGUCAUUUCCGCGGUGUCCCGACUGUCCCUGCACAGCAUCGCACAGACCAAAGGCAUCAGGCCUUUCCCCUCCGAGGAGACUGCAGAGAGUGACGAUGACGUCUACCGCAGCCUGGAGGAGCUGGCUGAGCCCUGGUGCCAACUGCCCCCUUUCUCUGCCCUUCCUGGUGGCGACUGUGCCCUUGACCCGAAGCAGGAUGGAAUUGCUCACGCAAGUCAGGGACGGAAGGCUUGCCCCGUCCAGGGAUACCCUAUGACGCUCAGAGUGCACUUUAAUCCUUACGACCGUGGCUAUGACAGACUGACCCGUGAGUCACAGGGAAGGGAUGAGUCUGAUCUUGACGUCUCCUGGACCCCUCGGUACAGCAGGACCACGGUGGGCCUCUGUGGAUCUGGGGCUUCCGUGACCUUGAAACCGUGCUCCCGCUGGGCACCGCAGGGAGGCCGCUGGUCCAGGCCCCUGGGGGAGUGCCCUCAGGUGCAGUGGGUGGGCAUCCUGGCCUACAAACGCAGCUCGAGGGCACAGUGGGCUCUGCUGAUGGCUUCCUCUCUUGCUUACCUUCCAUGCUCUCAGAUCAGGUACAUGCAGAAAAUGGGCAUGACGGAGGAUGACAAGAGGAGCUGUUGCCUGCUGGAGAUCCACGAGACCGAGGCCAAGUACUGCCGGACCCUGGAGGACAUCGAGAAGAACUAUAUGGGCCCGCUGCGGCUGGUGCUGAGCCCUGUGGACAUGGCAGCCGUCUUCAUCAACCUGGAGGACCUGAUGAAGGUGCACCACAGCCUCCUGAGGGCCAUCGACGUGUCCAUGAUGGCCGGGGGCAGCACACUGGCCAAGGUCUUCCUCGAGUUCAAGGAAAGGCUCCUCAUCUACGGGGAUUACUGCAGCCACCUGGAGCGCGCCCAGACCACACUCAGCCAGCUCCUCACCAGCCGCGACGACUUCAGGCAGAAAGUGGAGGAGUGCACGCUGAAGGUCCAGGACGGCAAGUUCAAGCUGCAGGACCUGCUGGUGGUGCCCAUGCAGCGGGUGCUCAAGUACCACCUUCUGCUCAAGGAGCUCCUGAGCCAUUCUGCUGACCGGCCCGAGAGGCAGCAGCUCAAAGAAGCCCUGGAAGCCAUGCAGGACUUGGCCAUGUACAUAAACGAGGUGAAACGGGACAAGGAGACCUUGAAGAAGAUCCGCGAGUUCCAGAGCUCCAUAGAGAACCUGCAGGUGAAGCUGGAGGAGUACGGGAGGCCAAAGAUUGACGGGGAGCUGAAAGUCCGGUCCAUAGUCAACCACACCAAGCAAGACAGGUACUUGUUCCUGUUUGACAAGGUGGUCAUCGUCUGCAAGAGGAAGGGCUACAGCUACGAGCUGAAGGAGGUCAUCGAGCUGCUGUCCCACAAGAUGACCGACGACCCCAUGCACAACAAGGACAUCAAGAAGUCUCAUGGGAAGAUGUGGUCCUACGGCUUCUACCUGAUUCACCUCCAAGGAAAGCAGGGCUUCCAGUUCUUCUGCAAGACGGAGGACAUGAAGCGGAAGUGGAUGGAGCAGUUUGAGAUGGCCAUGUCCAACAUCAAGCCAGACAAAGCCAACGCCAACCACCACAGCUUCCAGAUGUACACGUUCGACAGGACCACCAGCUGCAGAGCCUGCGGGAUGUUCCUCAGGGGCACCUUCUACCAGGGUUACCUGUGCACCAGGUGUGGCGUGGGGGCACACAAGGAGUGCCUGGAGGUGAUUCCCCCCUGCAGGAUCAGUGAGUACCGACCCACACCCGGCUGCCUGGCUGCCUCUGCCUGAGCCCCAGGUCCCAAGAUGGUGGCUGUGCAGAAUUACCUCGGCAACCCUGCCCCUCCUGGGAAGCCCGUGUUGACCUUCCAGACGGGCGACGUGAUCGAGCUGCUGCGGGGCGACCCCGAGUCCCAGUGGUGGGAGGGCCGGCUGGUGCACAGCAGGAAGUCAGGGUGCUUCCCUAGCUCAUCUGUGAAGCCCUGCCCUGUGGACGGAAGGCCGCCCGUCAGCCGGCCGCCUUCCCGGGAGAUCGACUACACCGUGUACCCCUGGUUUGCUGGCAACAUGGAGAGGCAGCAGACGGACAGCCUGCUCAAGGCCCACGCCAGCGGCACCUACCUCAUCAGGGAGCGGCCUGCCGAGGCCGAGCGCUUCGCCAUAAGCAUCAAGUUCAACGAUGAGGUGAAGCACAUCAAAGUGGUGGAGAAGGACAACUGGAUUCACAUCACAGAAGCUAAGAAGUUUGAAAGCCUCUUGGAGCUGGUGGAGUACUACCAGGGCCACUCUCUCAAGGAGAGCUUCAAGCAGCUGGACACCACGCUCAAAUACCCCUACAAGUCCCGGGAGCGCGCUGCCUCCAGGACCUCCAGCCGGUCCCCAGCCUCCUGUGCCUCCUUCAGCUUUUCCUCUCUCAGUCCUCAGGGCCCCUCUGCCCCCUUCUGGUCAGUGUUUACUCCCCGGGUCAUUGGCACAGCUGUGGCCAGGUACAACUUCGCUGCGCGGGACAUGCGGGAGCUCUCUCUGCGGGAGGGCGACGUGGUGAAGAUCUAUAGCCGCAUAGGCGGGGACCAGGGCUGGUGGAAAGGCGAGACAAAUGGACGGAUCGGCUGGUUCCCUUCGACAUACGUGGAAGAGGAGGGUGUCCAGUGAGGAGGAGAGCGCAGACAGGACCCGGGAUGCUCAUGGAGAGCCCCCGGCCUGCAGUCCAUCUCGGCCCCUCGGUGGCUCCCGGGGGCACACCUCCAGCCUUCCAGUCGCCGGCAGCCCAUGGGGUGGGGAGGGUGUUCAGAACCCUAACGUCAAGCCGUUCCGCCACCCCUGUCCCUGGGCACCCAUCCCUGGGUCCGCUCCUUGUACAUAGAGGAAACCGGGGUGAGCCCCACCCAGACUGUGGGGGAGGGGCGCGUGGCAUCACAAGCCUGGCUCUGGUGACAGCUGAGUCCAGAAGGGUGCCCUAUGCCUUCUGGCUGAGAUGUGUUCAGGAGCUUAGGAUCAAAUAGCAGACAGUGUCCCAGGGGUGCUGGGGACAGCAGAGGGGCCCACUGGUCUGGUGCUCAGCCCCUGGGCUGGCCCUCCUGCUUCUCUGCUGCUGUCAGGGCCUCAGGCUGUGGAGGAGGAGGCCCAGGGCCGGGCUGCUUGCUGUGGCCUUGCUCAGCUCGGCUGUGCUGGGGUACGGGGGAGAGCACACAUGUGACCCUGUCACAGGGCUCCUGGGACUGUCCCCGACUUCCUCGCUUCCCCGUGAGGCCCACCGAGACCCUACUGUCAGGGCCCUCUCUUGGAGGGCUUAGGAAUGAUGACAUUGCUGUCCCCACCCCUAGUCAAUGGUACUGCUCUUUUCCUCCCGAGAGCCUUUCCUGGGUCCCGGGGUCCAGGGCUGCCCUGCCCCGCCCUGCUGCCAGGCACUCGUCUUCCGUAAACCCCAAAGGGAGGGAGAGAAUGAUGCUCCUCCCUGGGCCCCUGCUGCCCACCUUCCUCUCCAGAGGGACCCACUGGGCCUCCUGCACCCUGUACCGUGGCCCGGGUCCACCAGCCUUUGCACAGACGUCGGCCUGGCCUUUGGUGGGUCUGCCUCCAGGGGCUCCUGCAGCCCUCCUGGGCCUGUGGCCAGCCUGAAUAAGUGCUCUUGGGGUGGCUCUCCCUCCUCCCUCCUUUUGGUGUCUCCUGGCCUUUGACCUCUGGCUGGCUCGGCCAGACCUGGGUUCUCUACCCUGACAUUUGUGAAACCCCGGACCCUGGCCCCUCCCAGAUCCCACCAAAGCUUCUGGUGAGACCCGGAUUUCCCGCUACCCCUUCUGCCCUAGGUCAGCUGCAGAGCAUGAGUGGGGGGGUGUGGGAGGCCGUCCACUGGGGGCUGGACCCUCCUGGGGGAGCCAACUGAGGUUACCCCGGGCUCAGUGCACCUACCCAGCCUCCUGGAGGGUCAGGAAGCCCGGAGCAGCAGGAAAGAAUUCUGCGGAGAAGGCCUGAGCCGGGGGGAAGCAGGGCCUGGGCAGGGAGGUGGCCUUGGCGCACCUGAGCCCCCGUGCAGCGGGGCCACCCAGCACUUGGCGCGGACCUGUCGCAGCCAGCCCGGAUGGCAGGGAGACCCCAGCCCCUCUGUGUUUACCGUUGUCCGUUCUUGUGGUCUGGUUUGGGGUUUUUGUUGUGUUACGUUUGGUCUGUUUGUUUUUUAAGGGGAAAAAGUUUGUAAUUAUUUCAUCCAAAUCUCCUAUUAGUAUCUGUGAAUAAGGAAGAGAUUUUAUAAUAGCAAGAAAAUGAUGUAUAUUUUAGUUGGUCGCCGAACAGGUCAUCCUGAAAACGAAGGACACUGAGGACAGAUGACCUGGAGCCCUGGUUUCUGUGAAUGUUGGCAUCUGUUUGGUUUGGUCUGCGCUAUACCAGGGAGGGUGGCUGGAGGCCGGGCAGUCCCGGAGGAGGAUGCCUCUGGAGUGGCUGGGGACCAGGCCUGAGGCCAGCUGUGAACACUGGAGCCUGACACAUGAGUCAGGGAUCUGGGGUCCCUCGGCCACAGAGACCCCAAAGGGAACACAAACUGUACAUUUGCCACUGGGUUUUUUCAGACCACAGUUUUUACUGCAAAUAAACCUAAGUUCUUUUCUGCA